AUGAAUAGACGAGUACGUCCUGGAAGCAUUGAUGUACACCCAACAGAGAAGGCUUUGAUUGUGACAUACGAAUUAGAAGCUACUGUAGUUGGAGAAUUGGGUGAUACUAUGUUAGAAGAGACAAAAGAAUGUCAAAAGAUAAUAAGGGUUAAAAGUUUAAAUGAAUCAUCUGAUAUUUCUGCACUUGCUCAAGAAAUUAUAGAAAAGUUUCCAAUUAUUCCACCUAUUAAGGUCAGGGAAGUUGAACAGUUAUUGUAUUAUCUACAGAAAAGAAAAGAAAUUUCAAAAGAUUCCAAAAAGUCUGAUCAAGAUGGAAAAAAUCAUUCAAGGAAAGAUAAGGAAGGAUUAGAGAGCACUGAAGUGAAUGAAGUAGCAAGUAUAAACCAACUGGAUAACUACAUUGAUCUUCUGUAUGAAGAAACGGCAGAAAAAAUACGAGGUUCUGCAUUAGUGUUACAACUUUCAAGAAAUCCUGAUAAUUUAGGUGUUUUAUCAACAAAUGAAAGAUCAGGUUCUGACAGAUUUCAGUUUAUUUUCUUUAGAAUAAGGGUUAAAAGUUUAAAUGAAUCAUCUGAUAUUUCUGCACUUGCUCAAGAAAUUAUAGAAAAGUUUCCAAUUAUUCCACCUAUUAAGGUCAGGGAAGUUGAACAGUUAUUGUAUUAUCUACAGAAAAGAAAAGAAAUUUCAAAAGAUUCCAAAAAGUCUGAUCAAGAUGGAAAAAAUCAUUCAAGGAAAGAUAAGGAAGGAUUAGAGAGCACUGAAGUGAAUGAAGUAGCAAGUAUAAACCAACUGGAUAACUACAUUGAUCUUCUGUAUGAAGAAACGGCAGAAAAAAUACGAGGUUCUGCAUUAGUGUUACAACUUUCAAGAAAUCCUGAUAAUUUAGGUGUUUUAUCAACAAAUGAAACUCUUUUGGGUGCACUUGCAAGAGUUCUACGAGAAGAUGGCAGGAAAAGUAUUGAUUUGAGUACUAAUAUUGUGUAUAUUUUCUUCUGCUUCUCUACUUUUUCACAAUUUCAUUCAAUAAUUGCGCAAUUUAAAAUUGGUUCUUUAUGCAUGGAUCUAAUUGAUUAUGAAUUGAAACGACAUGAUCAAUGGAAAGAUGACUUAGCCAAGAGAAAGAAUGCUGUUGAAGCUGAAAAAGAUAAUUUAGCUGCAAAAAAAGAUUAUGAAAAAAGUAUUAAAAAAUAUCAAAGUUUAGUAAGAAAACAAGAUCAGCUUUUAAGAGUUUCAUAUUAUCUUCUUUUGAACAUUGCUGAAGACACAAAAGUGGAGUUGAAAAUGGUGAAUAAGGGAGUAGUUCCACUGUUGAUUCGAAGUUUAGAUCGAGAUCUUCCCGAAUUACUUAUUCUUGUUGUCUCUUUUCUGAAAAAACUUUCCAUAUUUGUAGAAAAUAAAAAUGAGAUGGCAGAACACUGUAUCGUAGAAAAAGUGGCACGGUUGGUGCCAAAUGAACAUCAAGAUUUAUUAAACAUAACUCUUCGUCUCCUGCUUAAUCUCUCCUUUGAUUUAGAUUUACGAAAUUCAAUGGUGAAGAUUGGCUUGUUGCCGAAACUUGUAAACUUGAUUAAUGUUGAAAGACAUCAAACUGUUGUUCUAUGUAUACUAAAUCAUAUUAGUAUGGAUGAUCGAUGUAAAUCUAUGUUUACAUAUACAGAUUGCAUUCCAAUUGUUAUGAAGCAUAUAUUAGAAUCUCCAGAAGAAAGAAUACUUCUUGAAUUAAUUGCACUAUGUAUCAACUUGGCUGCUAAUAAGAGAAAUGCACAAUUAAUUUGUGAAGGAAAUGGAUUAAAGCUUUUAAUGAAACGAGCAUUUCAUUUUCAAGAUCCUUUGGUGAUGAAAAUGAUUAGGAAUAUUUCUCAACAUGAUGGACCAACAAAAGCUCUCUUUUUAGAUUUUGUUAGUAAUCUUGCUGAAGCUAUACAAAAAAGUACCAACGAUGAAUUCGUUUUGGAAUGCGUAGGAGUGUUAGGCAACAUUACCAUUCCUGAUCUUGAUUAUGAAAGAUUGAUAAAAGAAUAUAAUUUAGUUCCCUGGUUAAAGAACAAAUUGAUGCCAGGAAACUGUGAAGAUGAUAUGGUUCUAGAAGUGGUAAUAUUAAUAGGCACUGUAGUUACAGAUGAAGCUUGUGCUCGUCUCUUAGUGAAUUCUGGAAUUUUGAAGUCUAUUAUUGAUCUUUUGAAUGCAAAACAAGAGGAUGAUGAAAUAGUACUACAGAUUGUCUACGUAUUUCAUCAAAUGACAAAGCAUUCUAAUAUCAGAGAUUUGAUAAUUAAAGAUACUCAAGUUCCAGCAUAUUUAAUUGAUUUAAUGCAUGAUAAAAAUUUAGAAGUGAGGAAAGUAUGUGACAGCACAUUAGACAUUAUAGCUGAAGCAAGUCGGGAAUGGGCAAAGCGAAUACAAUUAGAGAAAUUCAGAUGGCAUAAUUCUCAAUGGCUGGACAUGGUUGAAUCUCAACAAAUAGAAGAAGGAAUGGAACUUUAUACUGAUGAUCAAUUUGAACCUUACAUACAAGACAGUGAUUUCUUAGAUAGACCAGAUUUGUUUUAUGGUGCCCAUGACAGUCUUCUCAGUGAUGGCAGUCUCUCUCCAGAACUUCUUGAAACUGAAUUUAUAAGUAAUAAAAAUACAGAAUCUGCAGGAAGACCAAGAUCGAGAUAUAAAAAUAGAUAUAGUGCCGAUCUAGAGACGCUUCGUGAGCACAUGGGUCAAACUCCAUCUCCUAGCAUGUUCUCUUUGCACUCGCCAUCCAGAUCUCUCAUGAAUGGAAACACUAUCAUGGAUAUUAAUCCUCAUCAGAACAGAUUAUUUUUUAACUAAUUUAGUUUUAUUUUUUUAAUAUUAUCUGCAUUUCUAAUUUACUAAGGGACAAAAUUGUUAAAUUUAUUCAAAAUAUAUUACAAUUAUUAUUAUUAUUAUUAUUUUUAAUAGUUUUUAGAUAUUUACUAUCCGACAUUUUCAUCCGAAUCGUAUUUUAAUAUUUAUUUUGCUGUUUUUCACGGCCGUGCUGCGUCAAGAAAUACGGAAGAUUGAUUUAUAACCGAACCGUGGAUAACAUGUAAGUUAACGAUGAAUUUUUAUAUUGUAUCCCUCUGCGAUAUUUUAAAGUUUUAUCUAAAAAUUGUUUGUCUCGGUAAUUUUAGACGACAUAGUAAUGUGUCGUCGUUACAUUACUUUAAAAUUUACGGCAGAGUUGCUAACAAAUCGUAAUUAUACAAAUUAUUUGUGUGAUUUUGUUAUCAAAGACUGAUAUUGCAGACAAACAGAAUUCAGACCAAAUAGUUUAUUAAGUGAUACCGAUAGGGCUCACGGAACAUUAACGUAUUAAAACAGGUAGCAUAGAAGUGCAAGUUGUAAUGAGCAAUCUUAAAAAAAAUGGAAAAAAAAAAGGCAACAGAAACAAUAACAACUCUCCAUCUUCAUUUUGUAAAGAUGACAAUGGAGAAGAUUUCUAUCUUUUGUAUAAAGAUGAAUGAAAGGAAAAUGAAGAUCUAGUUCAAGCUGUAGAUUUUGAUCUUUCCAUCCUUCCUCUGAGGAUAUUAUAGAACCUGCAUUUCUAUGCUACUAAAAACUUAUAUGGAUAAAUUAAUCAACAAAUGUUAAGAACAGUAAAUCUUUCAGAUAAAAUAUCAAAUUUCAAAAUACCAAUUCUAAGAUGAUAGAUUUUUAACUGCAUAAUAUACCAGCUUAGAGUUAUUUUAUUGUAUAAAGUAAAUAUGUUAGUUUACAAUACCAAAUAAUGAUAAAACUGUAUGCUUAAAGUGAACGAAAAGUGUAAUAUUGGUUGUGAUGUUAUAGUUUGUAAGCAAAAAUUUAUUUAUUUAAUGAUGCACAAAGAGAUCAUUUCUUCUAUCGUGCAUUUUUCUGUGAUAUUAAGAUUAGUAUAUAAGUGGUAUUUUAUAAUCUGUUUGACUACAGAAUCAAUAUCCUUAUACAUUAUCAUAUUUUUAAAGUUCCUUAGAUGCUUACGGAAACUUUAGAAUUCCCUUUUUGCCUCGUAACCAUAUAUAAAUGUAGAACAGCAAUUAGGAAUAAGAUUUAUAAAGUUUGUAAGAUAUUGAGUUUAGACGAAUGACGACGACUUUUAUAGUUUGAUUAUGACGAUCUGAUUCACGUCGAAAGAUUGUUUCAAACCGUAUUUGAAUCUUGGAUACAAAAUGAACUGGUUCACAACAUUUUGUAUUAAAAAUAUUGUAUUUUUCAAGAGUACGAAAAUUAAGCUGCGGGUGUUUUACAUCAAAGUAAUAAUUCAGCUUGUUU